CCCUGAACGUAAAGCUGUCAGAAAAACAGAGGGGGAGGGACCGUACAGUGCAUAUUUUAAAGCAGUAAUAUUACUUUCAGACUGAAUUCGGUUUAUUCUACCUUAAGAGUUCAAUAGAUGUCCACCCCUAUGGAGCAGGCUGGUGGCAUGUCCCAGACCCACCCGGGCCCCUCCCCAGGACCAGGCCCCUCCCCAGGACCAGGCCCCUCCCCAGGACCAGGCCCCUCCCCAGGCUCUGUACACAUGAUGGGUCCUAGCCCUGGCCCCCCCAUCCUACAGGGACCAUUGGCUGGGGACUACCUUCAGGACACCAUGCACACCAUGCACAAGCCAUUGGAGGGUCUUCAUGAGAAAGGGAUGGUAGAGGACAUGAACUAUGGGCAGAUGAAGGGUGUUGGGAUGAGGGCUUUACAUAGUGGCAUGGGGCCUCCACAGAGCCCCUUGGACCAGCACAGCAACCAAGGCUACAUGUCCCCCCACCCUUCCCCCAUGGGUGUCCAAGAACACGCCUCCAGCCCCCUGUCCCGGGGCGGGCCUACGCCUCCCAUGGCUCCUGCCUCGGGCCCCAUGAUGCCCCAGAUGGACCCCCAGUCAGCUCUGGGUCCCCAGGGGCCUCAAGGCCGUGGCCCCUCCUCCUUCAGCCCUGUCCAAUUACAGCAGCUUCGGGCCCAGAUCCUGGCAUAUAAGAUCCUGGGGAGGGGCCAGCCAUUACCUGAGAACCUGCAGCUUGCGGUCCAGGGAAAGAGGAGUCUACCCACCAUGCAGCAACAACAACAGCAACAGCAACCGGGCACAGGCAGCCCAUACAUCAGAUCCCCUGGUAUGGCCAUGGCAUCCAUGUCUGGCCCUCCGUCAGGCCUUGGCCCCACCCCCAGCAUGCCAGGACACACCCAGACCCCUGGGUCCAAACCCUGGCCUGAAGGUCAGGGUAAUGAGAAUCCUAACAACCCCCAGAAAAUGCUAGCCCCGCCCCUCAGUGGAAGACCCUCUCCUGCCCCUCCUCAAGCCCCUCCGCCUGGCCCCAUGUCCGGUCCCUCCAUCCCCCAUCAGCCCCAGGGGCAGCAGCCGUCCCCUGUCAUCACACUGCAACAGAAACAGAACCGUGUCACGCCCAUUCAGAAACCACAAGGUCUGGACCCCACCGAGAUCCUGCAGGAACGGGAGUACAGACUACAGGCUCGUAUCGCCCACCGGAUCCAGGAACUGGAGAGUCUGCCUGGAGCUCUGCCUCCAGACCUGAGGAGUAAAGCCACUGUAGAGCUCAAGGCUCUGAGACUACUCAACUUCCAAAGACAGCUUCGUCAGGAUGUGGUUCAAUGCAUGCGUAGAGACACCACCCUGGAGACAGCGCUGAACUCAAAGGCCUACAAGAGGAGCAAGCGCCAGACGCUGAGGGAGGCCCGCAUGACAGAGAAACUGGAGAAACAGCAGAAGAUGGAACAGGAGAGGAAACGAAGACAGAAACACCAGGAGUAUCUGAACAGUAUUUUGCAGCAUGCCAAGGACUUUAAGGAGUACCAUCGCUCCAUCUCUGGAAAAAUGCAGAAGCUGACUAAGGCCAUCGCCACCUGGCACACCAACACAGAGAGAGAGCAGAAGAAAGAGACAGAGAGGAUUGAGAAGGAGAGGAUGAGAAGACUCAUGGCAGAGGAUGAGGAGGGCUACAGGAAAUUGAUCGACCAGAAGAAGGACAAACGUCUGGCGUACUUGCUGCAACAGACGGACGAGUACGUGGCCAACCUGACUGACCUUGUCUACGAACACAAGGCUGCUCAGGCCGCAAACAUGAAGAAGAAGAAAAAGAAGAAGAAGAAGAAAGUGGAUGACAGCGGAGAGGGGAUGAGUGGCCUCGGGCCUGAUGGAGAGCCCAUGGAUGAUAGCAGCCAGAUGAGCGAGCUGCCAGUCAAGGUGAUCCAGACAGAGACAGGCAAGGUUCUACAGGGGGUGGACGCCCCCAAGUCUUCCCAGCUGGAGGCCUGGCUGGAGAUGAACCCUGGAUAUGAAGUGGCCCCGAGGUCGGACAGCGAAGAGAGCGGCUCUGAGUUUGAGGAGGAGGAAGAGGAGGAGAUUCCAGGAGUGUCCAGUAGGCCAGACUCUCAGACUGAGGAAAAGAAAAUAUUCCAUCCCAACAGUGACGAGUUACCGGAGAUCGCUGCCAAGCAAAUAAUCGAGUCUGCCAAGCAGGAUGUGGAUGAUGAGUACACGGUGCCAGAGACUGAACUGACCGUCUUCCAACAGUCUUACUAUGGAGUGGCUCACGCCAUCAUCGAGAGGGUAGAGAAACAGUCAUCACUGCUCAUCAACGGCACUCUCAAACACUACCAGGUCCAGGGUCUGGAGUGGAUGGUGUCUCUAUACAACAACAAUUUGAAUGGAAUCCUGGCUGAUGAGAUGGGGCUUGGGAAGACCAUUCAGACUAUUGCACUCAUCACAUACCUGAUGGAACACAAGAGACUCAAUGGACCUUACCUAAUCAUCGUACCACUCUCGACUCUGUCCAACUGGGUUUAUGAGCUUGACAAGUGGUCUCCGUCUGUUGUCAAGAUUGCCUACAAGGGCACUCCUGCUAUGCGACGGGGCCUGGUUGCUCAACUCCGCAGUGGGAAGUUCAAUGUCCUGCUCACCACGUAUGAGUACAUUAUCAAGGACAAGCACAUCCUGGCCAAGAUCCGUUGGAAGUACAUGAUAGUGGAUGAGGGCCACCGUAUGAAGAACCACCACUGUAAGCUGACCCAGGUGUUGAACACCCACUACGUGGCCCCCCGGCGCCUCCUGCUGACGGGUACCCCUCUGCAGAAUAAGCUCCCUGAGCUCUGGGCGCUUCUCAACUUCCUGCUGCCCACCAUCUUCAAGUCCUGCAACACCUUUGAGCAGUGGUUUAAUGCCCCUUUUGCCAUGACAGGGGAGAGGGUGGACCUUAAUGAGGAAGAGACCAUACUGAUUAUCCGGCGUCUCCACAAGGUGCUCCGCCCCUUCCUCUUGCGUCGACUCAAGAAAGAAGUGGAGUCCCAGUUACCAGAGAAGGUGGAGUAUGUGAUCAAGUGUGACAUGUCGGCCAUUCAGAGGGUUCUGUACCGCCACAUGCAGGGCAGAGGAAUCCUCCUCACUGAUGGGUCAGAGAAAGACAAGAAGGGUAAAGGAGGUGCGAAAACUCUGAUGAAUACUAUCAUGCAGCUGAAAAAGAUUUGCAACCACCCCUACAUGUUCCAACACAUUGAGGAGUCCUUUGCUGAGCAUUUAGGCUACCCAAAUGGAGUCAUCAGUGGACAUGAGCUCUACCGUGCUUCAGGGAAGUUUGAGCUGCUGGACCGGAUCCUUCCCAAGUUGCACAGCACAAAACACCGGGUUCUGCUGUUCUGCCAGAUGACCUCCCUCAUGACCAUCAUGGAGGACUACUUCUCCUACCGAAACUUCCUGUACCUCCGCCUUGAUGGGACCACCAAGUCAGAAGACCGCGCAGCGCUGCUAAAGAAGUUCAAUGAGAAAGGUUCCCAGUACUUUGUGUUCCUGCUAAGUACACGAGCAGGGGGACUUGGCCUCAACCUGCAGGCUGCUGACACUGUGGUCAUCUUCGACUCUGACUGGAACCCUCACCAGGACCUCCAGGCCCAGGACAGGGCUCAUCGUAUUGGUCAGAAGAAUGAAGUGCGUGUUCUGCGUCUGUGCACUGUGAACAGCGUGGAGGAGAAGAUCCUGGCGGCUGCAAAGUACAAACUGAACGUUGACCAAAAGGUCAUCCAGGCCGGCAUGUUUGACCAGAAGUCUUCAAGCCACGAGAGGAGGGCAUUCCUGCAGGCCAUACUGGAGACAGAGGAACAGAAUGAGGUUGGUCACGGUGGCGUGGGAAUAAAGAUUAAAUGCAGUGCCUUGCAGGAAGAAGAGAGGGGUCAGGUGGCUAUGGAGGAAGAUGAGGUCCCUGAUGAUGAGACUCUGAAUCAGAUGAUUGCUCGUAAUGAGGAGGAGUUUGAGCUUUUCAUGCGAAUGGACUUGGAGCGGCGAAGGGAGGAUGCCAGGAACCCCAAGAGGAAGCCCCGUCUGAUGGAGGAGGAUGAGCUGCCAUCUUGGAUCGUCAAGGACGACGCAGAGGUGGAGCGGCUCACCUGUGAAGAAGAAGAGGAGAAGAUCUUUGGCCGAGGUUCCCGCAGGAGAGGCGACAUCGACUACAGCGACGCCCUGACAGAGAAACAGUGGCUCAGGGCUGUAGAGGAUGGCAAUCUGGAGGAGAUGGAGGAAGAGAUCCGUCUGAAGAAGUCAAGGAAGAGGAGGAGACGAGGGGACAAGGAUGGACGGAGGGAGGAGGCAGGAGAGAAAGCCAAGAAAAGGCGUGGACGCCCUCCUGCUGAGAAGCUUUCCCCCAACCCCCCAAAACUAACCAAACAAAUGAAUGCCAUCAUCGACACCGUCAUCAACUACAGAGACGGAUCUAACAGACAGCUGUCAGAGGUGUUUGUCCAGCUUCCAUCCAGAAAGGAACUCCCUGAGUACUACGAGCUGAUUAGGAAACCUGUCGACUUCAAGAAGAUCAAGGAGCGCGUGCGGUGCCACAAAUACAGGAGUGUGUCUGAUCUGGAAAAGGAUGUGAUGCUCCUCUGUCACAAUGCGCAGACAUUUAACCUGGAGGGGUCACAGAUCUAUGAGGACUCCAUCGUGCUCCAGUCUGUGUUUAAGAGUGCACGACAGAGAAUCAUAAAGGAGGAGGAGAGUGAAGAGGAGAGCAACGAUGAUGAUGAGGACGAUGAUGAGGACGAUGAGGAGGAUGAGGAAGAGUCAGAGGCAGAGACCAAGUCAGUCAGGGUGAAGAUUAAGCUCAGUAAAAAGGAGGGCCGCGAAGGAAGCAGCAGCAGCCGAUCCCGUCACCACGAAAAAGACAAGAGCAAGAAGCGACAGAGUCGUUCCAAGGCCAAACCUGUCGUCAGUGACGAUGACACUGACGACGACCAGGAGGAUGAGCAGUCCGAGGGGAGCAGGAGUGAAGAUGAGUGACCAAGUGGAAAAGGAAGAGUGCUGACCCUUGUGCUUAAAAGGAACAUUCAUUAUUAUCUUUCUGUCAUUUCCUAUAUUUGAACUUAUUGAAAAUAGAUUUUGGCUUUGUUUUCUCUCUUGGUCCCCGCUACUACUGUGAUGUAAUGUGAUUAUGUUAAGACUGUGACAGUCCAUAGGGCAGACAGACACAGGCUGUGUAUCAAAAUGCAUCCUGCUUUCUCCUCUUCUGUCGAGAGAACCUGAGAAUACUGUAUAGUCCCAGAGAACAGCUGAAAAUAUGUUUAGUCUGAAACGCCACCAGAUCCCCAUCACAACUGACAAGAGCUAGCUUCAGCUGCUGUGGUUACGCUUGCUAGCUUCAGCUGCUCUGGUUAUAUUAGCUAGAUAGCUACUUUAAUAUUACGUAUCCAUAAUGUAUACAUUGUGAAAAUAAUAAUAAUGCAUGCUUAGUUGACACAGGCUGCUUGGUUGUGUGCUCUGCCAUGACAGUAAAUAACCUACAAAAGUUUUAUUUAGUAUGAAUACUGUAAACAUCACAUCUGAAAAGGUAUACUCUGAUGGGCACUUGGUUUUCCAGAACUCCCAAGUAUGCUUCUGAACUUUUCAUAAUCUUAGUAUAUGCUUUUGUAUGUCUUAGUAUGUACCAUUUCGUGUUCUUAGGUUUGGAAUUGCUUUUUCAAAAUUACAGCAACUUCAAUACUUUCUAUACGCUGUAGAUUGAACCAAACCAUGCAUAUUGAAACACAGCCAACGACAGACACACAGAGACAGACAGGGUUUCUAUAGCAAUAGACUUUAUAGUUUACCCAACAGGAAUAUUUUUAAGAUAAACAUUUUUUUGUGGAGAAUCUAUAUUUUAUGCAUGUUUGUAAAUGUUUUUGCUUACAAUGAAAUACAGUCUACACCAUUUAGCUAUGAACAAAUAUAAGCUAGCAACUUUCUUAGUUGAUAUAAUAGCUUUGUGUUUUUUUUAACGUAUUCAGAGGCAGACAGCUCAUCUUCUCUAUUAUUCUUUCUAUUUCAUUGCCUUUCCUCAAACAUUAUCUUUCAGUAACUUAAUACUUUCGAAAUUAUACUUCAUUAUCUUUCAUUACUGUAUUAUUCAUACAUUAUCCUUCACUGUCCUUCAAUCAUUUAAUAUUCUAACAUGAUCCUUUAGUCUUUUAAUAUGUUUAUCAACCUUUAUUUGGUCACUUAAUAUUCAAAAAUUAUUCAUCAUUGUCUUUCAGUCAUUUAUUAUUCCAACAUUAUCCUUGAAUAUCACUUCCUUUUCUGAGAUUAUCCUAGCCAAUGGUGGAGUCAAUUCCAUUUCAGUUGAAUCAGGAAGUACUUUUUCUUAUUAAUGAGUAUUGGAGAUAAUUGGACUAACAUUGUCAGUGGCUGGUGUUGAGCUCAACCCUGAUCCUAGCUAAUGAGUAGACAGCUGAGUCCGAUGUUAGGCCAAUUUCUACUUCCCGCAGCUAGCUGUCCAAGAAAAAAUAUAUAUUUAAAACAUGCAUUGAAUGUGUUGAAUUUUUUGAACAGAAAUGUAUUCUUUUUGCCAUACGUUAUAUUGAUUUUAUGCUUAUGGUCUGAAUUGCUCUGCUUUGAUUGUUUCAUUUAGGCAUUAGAUAUGGACAGACAGACUUAACAUCUCUGUGUGGUUUGAUCUGCUCAGGUCAACUCUCCUAAGUGUGAUUUCAUCUUUGCUUUGCACAUAUUACUAUUUGUGAUUGAGGGUCGUAGCCCAGGGCAAAUUAAAGUCCACUUCUUUCUCCCUA